CCAUGAUCGGGCCGGAUUGCUCAUUUCGCAAAGCAUCAUCUGGGCCCCCACAACCUUGUCCCCAUCUAUGUCUUUUUCACUGCACCGUCCAUCCCCCAGCUGGGCCUCUUAUAAGUAGGAGAACAUGGUGUACGGCGGGAAGCCAAGUACGGGGUGUCAUUUGUGUCGCAAGCGGAAAAUCAAGUGCGAUGAGAAGCAUCCCGGGUGCCGGAAUUGUGCCACAUACGGACAACCCUGCCCGGGCUAUCGAUCCGAUGGAAUCUUUAGAAAUGAAACGAACAAGGUACAGCAACUGGUGAAGAAGACUAGCAGUUCCCGUCCAAGUGGGAAACGGUCCAGCAGCCACGAGCUAUCUGCCCGCAGUGGCCAUCAACAGUCCCCACUGUCCCUCUAUCGUAUCAGUGAUUCCACAUGGGAAGAGAAAGCCAUCUGUUAUUUCUUCGAUCAGUAUACCAUUUGUGAUACGACCGGAGGCGUGGGCCACCUGGGCUUUGUCCCAUCUCUGUAUGCCGCUUGCCGAGACCAGAAUGCAAUCAACCCAGCAUCCUCCUCCCUGCGACUAGCGGUCGAUGCGACCGCCCUCAUGGCCCUGAGCAAUAGGGUCAAGGUGCCAGGGAUUUUGAUGCAGGCGAGAAAUCGCUUUGGCUUGGCGCUUCAACGGUUGCAAGACGCGUUAGAUCAGCCUGUCGAAGCGGUUAAAGACGAGACCUUUGCCACCUUGGUAAUCCUCUCUUUGUUCGAGGAUAUUUCCGGGGAUCGGCUGGGGCUCACCAGCUCCCAUACCGCGGGCUUCGAGGCUCUGACAAAGCUUCGCGGCGAAAGUCAGCUUGGACAUGCACGGGGUCUGGAUAUGUUCAAGUUCGCAUAUGUCCAUAUGCAAGUUGAGUUUCUUCUUUUGAGAGGUAAAUCCACUCUUGACGCGGAUUGGGUUGUUGAAUGGCUCAACAGUGCGGAUCCGCUACAAGGGCUUAUGAUACUCGCCUCGAAGACUGCACAACUGCUUGCGGAGCCUUGGUCUGCUUCUGCGUCUCUGGAAUCAAUUGGGGUCACACAGCUCGCCACCUGGAUUGAGUCCUGCCGGGCUUUGGACGCGGAAUUGGUUGAAUGGAGCCAGGGCUUGCCGGACAUCUGGCUGCCUCUCGAGACCCGUUCAUACACGGGCGAAGAUGUACUCACGUACCGAGAGAUGAUCAUCGCGAUCAUAUGGGCUCAUUUCCGCGCCAUCCGGAUCCUGGUCUACCUCACCAUGGUUGAUCUGUUCCGGGUACUCUCUUCCAUUGUGAACUCGCCGGGAAUCCACCGGGAGGCGUCCCAGUAUGAGAGAGACGGCUUACGUGUCAGCCUCGAUCUGAUCUCCGAUACCUGUCGAAGUGUGCCGUUCUGCUUUGGCGAAAUUGAUCUACUUGGGAAUCCAAUCCCUCCUUCUGCUGAGGGCACGACUCGCGUGCGAGCAUUCUGGGUCUACAGCAUGCUGUGGCCCUUAUGGCAUCUUGUGUCGUGCGGGCUAGCCCCUCCCGAGCAGACCCAGAUGAUUCGGGGAAUGAUGGCCCGCACGGGGUCUGAACUAGGGAUCAAGCUAGCUAUUAUGCUGGCAAGAUAUGAUGGUCAGGGAGCCAUGCCCUCGAUACCCGAGAUGUACUCAUUCGAAGAGUCAGUGGGACUACCGGUCAUGUAGACUCACGACAGUGGACCGACGAGAUAUAUAUUCCUGUAUAAUAUUCACAUCCGAUAAAUAGAUUCUCCUAUCC